GUUUUGAAACCUUUUAAUAUUUUACAAUAAAUUACAGAGCCUGGAUGCACACAAAAUGUGAAUGGAAGUGCGGAAUGGUUAUGGAGAAACCUUGGAAAGUUUUCAAUCUUUGCAAGUCUUCAGGAUCUUAAGAGAUUUAAUAGCAAUUUCUCUACAGUGAGUAGUCUAUUAUUCUAUGACUUCAUUAAAAUAGCGUCCUGUGUUAUCCUUCUCUGUGUAGAAAGGUUAACAUGUUGAUGAAAACAAAAUUAUGUUAUGAAUCCACAGAACGAGGUUUUGGACCUGCUCUCAGCAAAGCAGAAGGCUGAGUUGAUCCUAGAUCCAGACAGCGGCGCUUUGGAGGACGAGGCCAUCGUAAGGAAGGUGUUCAGGAGCUUGACAGAGUCCCCUGAUAACGAGCUGCUCAAUCAGUUUUUCCAGGCUUUUACAAACAUCAGCAAGCAGAGAAACAUCACCAUCAUAAGAAAUCCAGAGGUACGAGACACCAUCCUGAAUCUGACCUUGACGGCCCUUGCUCCGGAAUUUGAAGUCUUUGAGCCUGAAGACUUUGAGCGGUGGUUCCAGGUCAAUUUGGCUCCUGUGAUGGCGAGCCUUCGUCCUGGCAUUUUGGCGGUGAUCCCCCGUGACAUCAGCUGUGCAUCCUACGCAGCUAUACUGACUGGACUUCGGCAAAGUGUGAAAUCCCUGCCACUGUACAUUUCACAGGGCGUGACAUCAAGCAUUGAGGCACUCCAGGAGACAUUCAAACGUUGCUCGGCUCCAGAUUCCUUCCCGUGCAAGGAGACCCCGGUCAAUGAGGACCUGAUCUGUGCUGGAGUGGAGAGCUGGCAACUUGAACAAAGCCAGGCAAUCGGCAAUUCCUCUGAAGCCCUGUGCAAUUUCACCAUCACUGAGCAUGCCUGUUCCUCGGCUACGCAUCUGACAUCCAGCAACUUGGUCGCACUGAUGAACUGCUCACUGGAAAGACAAAGUACAUACCCCGUAGAGGUCUGGAAGCUUUUCUUCCAAAAGGCUUCUACUGCACUCGACCAGGCUCUUGCGUCAUUCGCCACCACGGCCCCCAGCAGCAGCAACUCAUCCUUAUCACAUGCUCUUGAGGCUCUUGGAGAGGUGAGAAUUGCCAACUUCAGCCAGGCACAACUGCAGAGUGAUGACUUCGUCAGCAGCUGGUUCAAGACAAACCUUCGUCCGUUUUUGGCCUCUCCAUCCACCAACUUCCUACUCUGCCUCAGCUCCAAGGACUUCAGCUGCCAAACGUACCACACUGUCAUCCAGGCAUUCGGCAGCCAAAGGGCAUCAAUGGACAGAGAAGGACAGCGAGCAGUCUUCACUCAUUUCAUCAAACCAUUCCUUUCACGGAAUGACUCGUCAGAUCCUGGCUGUGUCUCAUUUACCGGAGGCAGUAAAGAGUGGCUACAGGAAAACCUCGGCAGCUUCUCUGGCUUCGCAACCCUGCAGGAUUUGCAAGCCCUCAACCCCAACUUCUCCAUUGCCGAAACGUUGUCAGUGCUCACUCCGACUCAGGUGGCACAGUUGACACUGAGCUCGGGGGCCUCGAAUGACACAGCCCAGAUCGACCUUGUGUUUGAGCGCCUUGAGGAGGGCAAUGCUCUGGAAAAUGUGGACGAAUUCCUGACAGAACUGACAGCCAAUGGAAAGGUCCCUGAUUUCCAACCUGUUGUGAGAGAUCGCAUAAUGAAUAGGACCUUCAUCAUCAUCAGUCCCUAUUUCACGAACUUCGAGGAAGGCGACUGGUUCAAUUGGUUCCACCUGAAACUGGUUGCCGUCCUCCCAAGUUUCACUCCAAUGAUGCUCAACAGUGCAACAUCAGACAUAACCUGCACAAAUUACCACGUCGUUGUGAGAGGGAUGGCCAGAGCUUUCCCUGCAAUACCGGUGCAUAGACGACAAGGAAUCACAUACGUUCUCCUGGGCUACCUGAGGAAAUCUGCCAGUGUCAUCACCGGGCCAGAUUGCCGGCAGGGAAUUGAGAGUGACGCCGAGUGGCUUGAAGCAAACUUUGGUCCAUUUUCCGAGUACACAACCUACUCUGACCUCAAAGUCUUCAACCUCUCUGUGGUGGCACUUGUGGAAUCCCUCUCAGCAAAGCAGAAGGCUGAGUUGAUCCUAGAUCCAGACAGCGGCGCUUUGGAGGACGAGGCCAUCGUAAGGAAGGUGUUCAGGAGCUUGACAGAGUCCCCUGAUAACGAGCUGCUCAAUCAGUUUUUCCAGGCUUUUACAAACAUCAGCAAGCAGAGAAACAUCACCAUCAUAAGAAAUCCAGAGGUACGAGACACCAUCCUGAAUCUGACCUUGACGGCCCUUGCUCCGGAAUUUGAAGUCUUUGAGCCUGAAGACUUUGAGCGGUGGUUCCAGGUCAAUUUGGCUCCUGUGAUGGCGAGCCUUCGUCCUGGCAUUUUGGCGGUGAUCCCCCGUGACAUCAGCUGUGCAUCCUACGCAGCUAUACUGACUGGACUUCGGCAAAGUGUGAAAUCCCUACCACUGUACAUUUCACAGGGCGUGACAUCAAGCAUUGAGGCACUCCAGGAGACAUUCAAACGUUGCUCGGCUCCAGAUUCCUUCCCGUGCAAGGAGACCCCGGUCAAUGAGGACCUGAUCUGUGCUGGAGUGGAGAGCUGGCAACUUGAACAAAGCCAGGCAAUCGGCAAUUCCUCUGAAGCCCUGUGCAAUUUCACCAUCACUGAGCAUGCCUGUUCCUCGGCUACGCAUCUGACAUCCAGCAACUUGGUCGCACUGAUGAACUGCUCACUGGAAAGACAAAGUACAUACCCCGUAGAGGUCUGGAAGCUUUUCUUCCAAAAGGCUUCUACUGCACUCGACCAGGCUCUUGCGUCAUUCGCCACCACGGCCCCCAGCAGCAGCAACUCAUCCUUAUCACAUGCUCUUGAGGCUCUUGGAGAGGUGAGAAUUGCCAACUUCAGCCAGGCACAACUGCAGAGUGAUGACUUCGUCAGCAGCUGGUUCAAGACAAACCUUCGUCCGUUUUUGGCCUCUCCAUCCACCAACUUCCUACUCUGCCUCAGCUCCAAGGACUUCAGCUGCCAAACGUACCACACUGUCAUCCAGGCAUUCGGCAGCCAAAGGGCAUCAAUGGACAGAGAAGGACAGCGAGCAGUCUUCACUCAUUUCAUCAAACCGUUCCUUUCACGGAACGACUCAUCAGAUCCUGGCUGUGUCUCAUUUACCGGAGGCAGUAAAGAGUGGCUACAGGCAAACCUCGGCAACUUCUCUGGCUUCGCAACCCUGCAGGAUUUGCAAGCCCUCAACCCCAACUUCUCCAUUGCCGAAACGUUGUCAGUGCUCACUCCGACUCAGGUGGCACAGUUGACACUGAGCUCGGGGGCCUCGAAUGACACAGCCCAGAUCGACCUUGUGUUUGAGCGCCUUGAGGAGGGCAAUGCUCUGGAAAAUGUGGACGAAUUCCUGACAGAACUGACAGCCAAUGGAAAGGUCCCUGAUUUCCAACCUGUUGUGAGAGAUCGCAUAAUGAAUAGGACCUUCAUCAUCAUCAGUCCCUAUUUCACGAACUUCGAGGAAGGCGACUGGUUCAAUUGGUUCCACCUGAAACUGGUUGCCGUCCUCCCAAGUUUCACUCCAAUGAUGCUCAACAGUGCAACAUCAGACAUAACCUGCACAAAUUACCACGUCGUUGUGAGAGGGAUGGCCAGAGCUUUCCCUGCAAUACCGGUGCAUAGACGACAAGGAAUCACAUACGUUCUCCUGGGCUACCUGAGGAAAUCUGCCAGUGUCAUCACCGGGCCAGAUUGCCGGCAGGGAAUUGAGAGUGACGCCGAGUGGCUUGAAGCAAACUUUGGUCCAUUUUCCGAGUACACAACCUACUCUGACCUCAAAGUCUUCAACCUCUCUGUGGUGGCACUUGUGGAAUCCCUCUCAGCAAAGCAGAAGGCUGAGUUGAUCCUAGAUCCAGACAGCGGCGCUUUGGAGGACGAGGCCAUCGUAAGGAAGGUGUUCAGGAGCUUGACAGAGUCCCCUGAUAACGAGCUGCUCAAUCAGUUUUUCCAGGCUUUUACAAACAUCAGCAAGCAGAGAAACAUCACCAUCAUAAGAAAUCCAGAGGUACGAGACACCAUCCUGAAUCUGACCUUGACGGCCCUUGCUCCGGAAUUUGAAGUCUUUGAGCCUGAAGACUUUGAGCGGUGGUUCCAGGUCAAUUUGGCUCCUGUGAUGGCGAGCCUUCGUCCUGGCAUUUUGGCGGUGAUCCCCCGUGACAUCAGCUGUGCAUCCUACGCAGCUAUACUGACUGGACUUCGGCAAAGUGUGAAAUCCCUACCACUGUACAUUUCACAGGGCGUGACAUCAAGCAUUGAGGCACUCCAGGAGACAUUCAAACGUUGCUCGGCUCCAGAUUCCUUCCCGUGCAAGGAGACCCCGGUCAAUGAGGACCUGAUCUGUGCUGGAGUGGAGAGCUGGCAACUUGAACAAAGCCAGGCAAUCGGCAAUUCCUCUGAAGCCCUGUGCAAUUUCACCAUCACUGAGCAUGCCUGUUCCUCGGCUACGCAUCUGACAUCCAGCAACUUGGUCGCACUGAUGAACUGCUCACUGGAAAGACAAAGUACAUACCCCGUAGAGGUCUGGAAGCUUUUCUUCCAAAAGGCUUCUACUGCACUCGACCAGGCUCUUGCGUCAUUCGCCACCACGGCCCCCAGCAGCAGCAACUCAUCCUUAUCACAUGCUCUUGAGGCUCUUGGAGAGGUGAGAAUUGCCAACUUCAGCCAGGCACAACUGCAGAGUGAUGACUUCGUCAGCAGCUGGUUCAAGACAAACCUUCGUCCGUUUUUGGCCUCUCCAUCCACCAACUUCCUACUCUGCCUCAGCUCCAAGGACUUCAGCUGCCAAACGUACCACACUGUCAUCCAGGCAUUCGGCAGCCAAAGGGCAUCAAUGGACAGAGAAGGACAGCGAGCAGUCUUCACUCAUUUCAUCAAACCGUUCCUUUCACGGAACGACUCAUCAGAUCCUGGCUGUGUCUCAUUUACCGGAGGCAGUAAAGAGUGGCUACAGGCAAACCUCGGCAACUUCUCUGGCUUCGCAACCCUGCAGGAUUUGCAAGCCCUCAACCCCAACUUCUCCAUUGCCGAAACGUUGUCAGUGCUCACUCCGACUCAGGUGGCACAGUUGACACUGAGCUCGGGGGCCUCGAAUGACACAGCCCAGAUCGACCUUGUGUUUGAGCGCCUUGAGGAGGGCAAUGCUCUGGAAAAUGUGGACGAAUUCCUGACAGAACUGACAGCCAAUGGAAAGGUCCCUGAUUUCCAACCUGUUGUGAGAGAUCGCAUAAUGAAUAGGACCUUCAUCAUCAUCAGUCCCUAUUUCACGAACUUCGAGGAAGGCGACUGGUUCAAUUGGUUCCACCUGAAACUGGUUGCCGUCCUCCCAAGUUUCACUCCAAUGAUGCUCAACAGUGCAACAUCAGACAUAACCUGCACAAAUUACCACGUCGUUGUGAGAGGGAUGGCCAGAGCUUUCCCUGCAAUACCGGUGCAUAGACGACAAGGAAUCACAUACGUUCUCCUGGGCUACCUGAGGAAAUCUGCCAGUGUCAUCACCGGGCCAGAUUGCCGGCAGGGAAUUGAGAGUGACGCCGAGUGGCUUGAAGCAAACUUUGGUCCAUUUUCCGAGUACACAACCUACUCUGACCUCAAAGUCUUCAACCUCUCUGUGGUGGCACUUGUGGAAUCCCUCUCAGCAAAGCAGAAGGCUGAGUUGAUCCUAGAUCCAGACAGCGGCGCUUUGGAGGACGAGGCCAUCGUAAGGAAGGUGUUCAGGAGCUUGACAGAGUCCCCUGAUAACGAGCUGCUCAAUCAGUUUUUCCAGGCUUUUACAAACAUCAGCAAGCAGAGAAACAUCACCAUCAUAAGAAAUCCAGAGGUACGAGACACCAUCCUGAAUCUGACCUUGACGGCCCUUGCUCCGGAAUUUGAAGUCUUUGAGCCUGAAGACUUUGAGCGGUGGUUCCAGGUCAAUUUGGCUCCUGUGAUGGCGAGCCUUCGUCCUGGCAUUUUGGCGGUGAUCCCCCGUGACAUCAGCUGUGCAUCCUACGCAGCUAUACUGACUGGACUUCGGCAAAGUGUGAAAUCCCUACCACUGUACAUUUCACAGGGCGUGACAUCAAGCAUUGAGGCACUCCAGGAGACAUUCAAACGUUGCUCGGCUCCAGAUUCCUUCCCGUGCAAGGAGACCCCGGUCAAUGAGGACCUGAUCUGUGCUGGAGUGGAGAGCUGGCAACUUGAACAAAGCCAGGCAAUCGGCAAUUCCUCUGAAGCCCUGUGCAAUUUCACCAUCACUGAGCAUGCCUGUUCCUCGGCUACGCAUCUGACAUCCAGCAACUUGGUCGCACUGAUGAACUGCUCACUGGAAAGACAAAGUACAUACCCCGUAGAGGUCUGGAAGCUUUUCUUCCAAAAGGCUUCUACUGCACUCGACCAGGCUCUUGCGUCAUUCGCCACCACGGCCCCCAGCAGCAGCAACUCAUCCUUAUCACAUGCUCUUGAGGCUCUUGGAGAGGUGAGAAUUGCCAACUUCAGCCAGGCACAACUGCAGAGUGAUGACUUCGUCAGCAGCUGGUUCAAGACAAACCUUCGUCCGUUUUUGGCCUCUCCAUCCACCAACUUCCUACUCUGCCUCAGCUCCAAGGACUUCAGCUGCCAAACGUACCACACUGUCAUCCAGGCAUUCGGCAGCCAAAGGGCAUCAAUGGACAGAGAAGGACAGCGAGCAGUCUUCACUCAUUUCAUCAAACCGUUCCUUUCACGGAACGACUCAUCAGAUCCUGGCUGUGUCUCAUUUACCGGAGGCAGUAAAGAGUGGCUACAGGCAAACCUCGGCAACUUCUCUGGCUUCGCAACCCUGCAGGAUUUGCAAGCCCUCAACCCCAACUUCUCCAUUGCCGAAACGUUGUCAGUGCUCACUCCGACUCAGGUGGCACAGUUGACACUGAGCUCGGGGGCCUCGAAUGACACAGCCCAGAUCGACCUUGUGUUUGAGCGCCUUGAGGAGGGCAAUGCUCUGGAAAAUGUGGACGAAUUCCUGACAGAACUGACAGCCAAUGGAAAGGUCCCUGAUUUCCAACCUGUUGUGAGAGAUCGCAUAAUGAAUAGGACCUUCAUCAUCAUCAGUCCCUAUUUCACGAACUUCGAGGAAGGCGACUGGUUCAAUUGGUUCCACCUGAAACUGGUUGCCGUCCUCCCAAGUUUCACUCCAAUGAUGCUCAACAGUGCAACAUCAGACAUAACCUGCACAAAUUACCACGUCGUUGUGAGAGGGAUGGCCAGAGCUUUCCCUGCAAUACCGGUGCAUAGACGACAAGGAAUCACAUACGUUCUCCUGGGCUACCUGAGGAAAUCUGCCAGUGUCAUCACCGGGCCAGAUUGCCGGCAGGGAAUUGAGAGUGAUGCCGAGUGGCUUGAAGCAAACUUUGGUCCAUUUUCCGAGUACACAACCUACUCUGACCUCAAAGUCUUCAACCUCUCUGUGGUGGCACUUGUGGAAUCCCUCUCAGCAAAGCAGAAGGCUGAGUUGAUCCUAGAUCCAGACAGCGGCGCUUUGGAGGACGAGGCCAUCGUAAGGAAGGUGUUCAGGAGCUUGACAGAGUCCCCUGAUAACGAGCUGCUCAAUCAGUUUUUCCAGGCUUUUACAAACAUCAGCAAGCAGAGAAACAUCACCAUCAUAAGAAAUCCAGAGGUACGAGACACCAUCCUGAAUCUGACCUUGACGGCCCUUGCUCCGGAAUUUGAAGUCUUUGAGCCUGAAGACUUUGAGCGGUGGUUCCAGGUCAAUUUGGCUCCUGUGAUGGCGAGCCUUCGUCCUGGCAUUUUGGCGGUGAUCCCCCGUGACAUCAGCUGUGCAUCCUACGCAGCUAUACUGACUGGACUUCGGCAAAGUGUGAAAUCCCUACCACUGUACAUUUCACAGGGCGUGACAUCAAGCAUUGAGGCACUCCAGGAGACAUUCAAACGUUGCUCGGCUCCAGAUUCCUUCCCGUGCAAGGAGACCCCGGUCAAUGAGGACCUGAUCUGUGCUGGAGUGGAGAGCUGGCAACUUGAACAAAGCCAGGCAAUCGGCAAUUCCUCUGAAGCCCUGUGCAAUUUCACCAUCACUGAGCAUGCCUGUUCCUCGGCUACGCAUCUGACAUCCAGCAACUUGGUUGCACUGAUGAACUGCUCACUGGAAAGACAAAGUACAUACCCCGUAGAGGUCUGGAAGCUUUUCUUCCAAAAGGCUUCUACUGCACUCGACCAGGCUCUUGCGUCAUUCGCCACCACGGCCCCCAGCAGCAGCAACUCAUCCUUAUCACAUGCUCUUGAGGCUCUUGGAGAGGUGAGAAUUGCCAACUUCAGCCAGGCACAACUGCAGAGUGAUGACUUCGUCAGCAGCUGGUUCAAGACAAACCUUCGUCCGUUUUUGGCCUCUCCAUCCACCAACUUCCUACUCUGCCUCAGCUCCAAGGACUUCAGCUGCCAAACGUACCACACUGUCAUCCAGGCAUUCGGCAGCCAAAGGGCAUCAAUGGACAGAGAAGGACAGCGAGCAGUCUUCACUCAUUUCAUCAAACCGUUCCUUUCACGGAACGACUCAUCAGAUCCUGGCUGUGUCUCAUUUACCGGAGGCAGUAAAGAGUGGCUACAGGCAAACCUCGGCAACUUCUCUGGCUUCGCAACCCUGCAGGAUUUGCAAGCCCUCAACCCCAACUUCUCCAUUGCCGAAACGUUGUCAGUGCUCACUCCGACUCAGGUGGCACAGUUGACACUGAGCUCGGGGGCCUCGAAUGACACAGCCCAGAUCGACCUUGUGUUUGAGCGCCUUGAGGAGGGCAAUGCUCUGGAAAAUGUGGACGAAUUCCUGACAGAACUGACAGCCAAUGGAAAGGUCCCUGAUUUCCAACCUGUUGUGAGAGAUCGCAUAAUGAAUAGGACCUUCGUCAUCAUCAGUCCCUAUUUCACGAACUUCGAGGAAGGCGACUGGUUCAAUUGGUUCCACCUGAAACUGGUUGCCGUCCUCCCAAGUUUCACUCCAAUGAUGCUCAACAGUGCAACAUCAGACAUAACCUGCACAAAUUACCACGUCGUUGUGAGAGGGAUGGCCAGAGCUUUCCCUGCAAUACCGGUGCAUAGACGACAAGGAAUCACAUACGUUCUCCUGGGCUACCUGAGGAAAUCUGCCAGUGUCAUCACCGGGCCAGAUUGCCGGCAGGGAAUUGAGAGUGACGCCGAGUGGCUUGAAGCAAACUUUGGUCCAUUUUCCGAGUACACAACCUACUCUGACCUCAAAGUCUUCAACCUCUCUGUGGUGGCACUUGUGGAAUCCCUCUCAGCAAAGCAGAAGGCUGAGUUGAUCCUAGAUCCAGACAGCGGCGCUUUGGAGGACGAGGCCAUCGUAAGGAAGGUGUUCAGGAGCUUGACAGAGUCCCCUGAUAACGAGCUGCUCAAUCAGUUUUUCCAGGCUUUUACAAACAUCAGCAAGCAGAGAAACAUCACCAUCAUAAGAAAUCCAGAGGUACGAGACACCAUCCUGAAUCUGACCUUGACGGCCCUUGCUCCGGAAUUUGAAGUCUUUGAGCCUGAAGACUUUGAGCGGUGGUUCCAGGUCAAUUUGGCUCCUGUGAUGGCGAGCCUUCGUCCUGGCAUUUUGGCGGUGAUCCCCCGUGACAUCAGCUGUGCAUCCUACGCAGCUAUACUGACUGGACUUCGGCAAAGUGUGAAAUCCCUACCACUGUACAUUUCACAGGGCGUGACAUCAAGCAUUGAGGCACUCCAGGAGACAUUCAAACGUUGCUCGGCUCCAGAUUCCUUCCCGUGCAAGGAGACCCCGGUCAAUGAGGACCUGAUCUGUGCUGGAGUGGAGAGCUGGCAACUUGAACAAAGCCAGGCAAUCGGCAAUUCCUCUGAAGCCCUGUGCAAUUUCACCAUCACUGAGCAUGCCUGUUCCUCGGCUACGCAUCUGACAUCCAGCAACUUGGUCGCACUGAUGAACUGCUCACUGGAAAGACAAAGUACAUACCCCGUAGAGGUCUGGAAGCUUUUCUUCCAAAAGGCUUCUACUGCACUCGACCAGGCUCUUGCGUCAUUCGCCACCACGGCCCCCAGCAGCAGCAACUCAUCCUUAUCACAUGCUCUUGAGGCUCUUGGAGAGGUGAGAAUUGCCAACUUCAGCCAGGCACAACUGCAGAGUGAUGACUUCGUCAGCAGCUGGUUCAAGACAAACCUUCGUCCGUUUUUGGCCUCUCCAUCCACCAACUUCCUACUCUGCCUCAGCUCCAAGGACUUCAGCUGCCAAACGUACCACACUGUCAUCCAGGCAUUCGGCAGCCAAAGGGCAUCAAUGGACAGAGAAGGACAGCGAGCAGUCUUCACUCAUUUCAUCAAACCGUUCCUUUCACGGAACGACUCAUCAGAUCCUGGCUGUGUCUCAUUUACCGGAGGCAGUAAAGAGUGGCUACAGGCAAACCUCGGCAACUUCUCUGGCUUCGCAACCCUGCAGGAUUUGCAAGCCCUCAACCCCAACUUCUCCAUUGCCGAAACGUUGUCAGUGCUCACUCCGACUCAGGUGGCACAGUUGACACUGAGCUCGGGGGCCUCGAAUGACACAGCCCAGAUCGACCUUGUGUUUGAGCGCCUUGAGGAGGGCAAUGCUCUGGAAAAUGUGGAUGAAUUCCUGACAGAACUGACAGCAAAUGGAAAGGUCCCUGAUUUCCAACCUGUUGUGAGAGAUCGCAUAAUGAAUAGGACCUUCGUCAUCAUCAGUCCCUAUUUCACGAACUUCGAGGAAGGCGACUGGUUCAAUUGGUUCCACCUGAAACUGGUUGCCGUCCUCCCAAGUUUCACUCCAACGAUGCUCAACAGUGCAACAUCAGACAUAACCUGCACAAAUUACCACGUCGUUGUGAGAGGGAUGGCCAGAGCUUUCCCUGCAAUACCGGUGCAUAGACGACAAGGAAUCACAUACGUUCUCCUGGGCUACCUGAGGAAAUCUGCCAGUGUCAUCACCGGGCCAGAUUGCCGGCAGGGAAUUGAGAGUGAUGCCGAGUGGCUUGAAGCAAACUUUGGUCCAUUUUCCGAGUACACAACCUACUCUGACCUCAAAGUCUUCAACCUCUCUGUGGUGGCACUUGUGGAAUCCCUCUCAGCAAAGCAGAAGGCUGAGUUGAUCCUAGAUCCAGACAGCGGCGCUUUGGAGGACGAGGCCAUCGUAAGGAAGGUGUUCAGGAGCUUGACAGAGUCCCCUGAUAACGAGCUGCUCAAUCAGUUUUUCCAGGCUUUUACAAACAUCAGCAAGCAGAGAAACAUCACCAUCAUAAGAAAUCCAGAGGUACGAGACACCAUCCUGAAUCUGACCUUGACGGCCCUUGCUCCGGAAUUUGAAGUCUUUGAGCCUGAAGACUUUGAGCGGUGGUUCCAGGUCAAUUUGGCUCCUGUGAUGGCGAGCCUUCGUCCUGGCAUUUUGGCGGUGAUCCCCCGUGACAUCAGCUGUGCAUCCUACGCAGCUAUACUGACUGGACUUCGGCAAAGUGUGAAAUCCCUACCACUGUACAUUUCACAGGGCGUGACAUCAAGCAUUGAGGCACUCCAGGAGACAUUCAAACGUUGCUCGGCUCCAGAUUCCUUCCCGUGCAAGGAGACCCCGGUCAAUGAGGACCUGAUCUGUGCUGGAGUGGAGAGCUGGCAACUUGAACAAAGCCAGGCAACCGGCAAUUCCUCUGAAGCCCUGUGCAAUUUCACCAUCACUGAGCAUGCCUGUUCCUCGGCUACGCAUCUGACAUCCAGCAACUUGGUCGCACUGAUGAACUGCUCACUGGAAAGACAAAGUACAUACCCCGUAGAGGUCUGGAAGCUUUUCUUCCAAAAGGCUUCAACUGCACUCGACCAGGCUCUUGCGUCAUUCGCCACCACGGCCCCCAGCAGCAGCAACUCAUCCUUAUCACAUGCUCUUGAGGCUCUUGGAGAGGUGAGAAUUGCCAACUUCAGCCAGGCACAACUGCAGAGUGAUGACUUCGUCAGCAGCUGGUUCAAGACAAACCUUCGUCCGUUUUUGGCCUCUCCAUCCACCAACUUCCUACUCUGCCUCAGCUCCAAGGACUUCAGCUGCCAAACGUACCACACUGUCAUCCAGGCAUUCGGCAGCCAAAGGGCAUCAAUGGACAGAGAAGGACAGCGAGCAGUCUUCACUCAUUUCAUCAAACCGUUCCUUUCACGGAACGACUCAUCAGAUCCUGGCUGUGUCUCAUUUACCGGAGGCAGUAAAGAGUGGCUACAGGCAAACCUCGGCAACUUCUCUGGCUUCGCAACCCUGCAGGAUUUGCAAGCCCUCAACCCCAACUUCUCCAUUGCCGAAACGUUGUCAGUGCUCACUCCGACUCAGGUGGCACAGUUGACACUGAGCUCGGGGGCCUCGAAUGACACAGCCCAGAUCGACCUUGUGUUUGAGCGCCUUGAGGAGGGCAAUGCUCUGGAAAAUGUGGAUGAAUUCCUGACAGAACUGACAGCAAAUGGAAAGGUCCCUGAUUUCCAACCUGUUGUGAGAGAUCGCAUAAUGAAUAGGACCUUCGUCAUCAUCAGUCCCUAUUUCACGAACUUCGAGGAAGGCGACUGGUUCAAUUGGUUCCACCUGAAACUGGUUGCCGUCCUCCCAAGUUUCACUCCAACGAUGCUCAACAGUGCAACAUCAGACAUAACCUGCACAAAUUACCACGUCGUUGUGAGAGGGAUGGCCAGAGCUUUCCCUGCAAUACCGGUGCAUAGACGACAAGGAAUCACAUACGUUCUCCUGGGCUACCUGAGGAAAUCUGCCAGUGUCAUCACCGGGCCAGAUUGCCGGCAGGGAAUUGAGAGUGACGCCGAGUGGCUUGAAGCAAACUUUGGUCCAUUUUCCGAGUACACAACCUACUCUGACCUCAAAGUCUUCAACCUCUCUGUGGUGGCACUUGUGGAAUCCCUCUCAGCAAAGCAGAAGGCUGAGUUGAUCCUAGAUCCAGACAGCGGCGCUUUGGAGGACGAGGCCAUCGUAAGGAAGGUGUUCAGGAGCUUGACAGAGUCCCCUGAUAACGAGCUGCUCAAUCAGUUUUUCCAGGCUUUUACAAACAUCAGCAAGCAGAGAAACAUCACCAUCAUAAGAAAUCCAGAGGUACGAGACACCAUCCUGAAUCUGACCUUGACGGCCCUUGCUCCGGAAUUUGAAGUCUUUGAGCCUGAAGACUUUGAGCGGUGGUUCCAGGUCAAUUUGGCUCCUGUGAUGGCGAGCCUUCGUCCUGGCAUUUUGGCGGUGAUCCCCCGUGACAUCAGCUGUGCAUCCUACGCAGCUAUACUGACUGGACUUCGGCAAAGUGUGAAAUCCCUGCCACUGCACAUUUCACAGGGCCUGACAUCAAGCAUUGAGGCACUCCAGGAGACAUUCAAACGUUGCUCGGCUCCAGAUUCCUUCCCGUGCAAGGAGACCCCGGUCAAUGAGGACCUGAUCUGUGCUGGAGUGGAGAGCUGGCAACUUGAACAAAGCCAGGCAAUCGGCAAUUCCUCUGAAGCCCUGUGCAAUUUCACCAUCACUGAGCAUGCCUGUUCCUCGGCUACGCAUCUGACAUCCAGCAACUUGGUCGCACUGAUGAACUGCUCACUGGAAAGACAAAGUACAUACCCCGUAGAGGUCUGGAAGCUUUUCUUCCAAAAGGCUUCAACUGCACUCGACCAGGCUCUUGCGUCAUUCGCCACCACGGCCCCCAGCAGCAGCAACUCAUCCUUAUCACAUGCUCUUGAGGCUCUUGGAGAGGUGAGAAUUGCCAACUUCAGCCAGGCACAACUGCAGAGUGAUGACUUCGUCAGCAGCUGGUUCAAGACAAACCUUCGUCCGUUUUUGGCCUCUCCAUCCACCAACUUCCUACUCUGCCUCAGCUCCAAGGACUUCAGCUGCCAAACGUACCACACUGUCAUCCAGGCAUUCGGCAGCCAAAGGGCAUCAAUGGACAGAGAAGGACAGCGAGCAGUCUUCACUCAUUUCAUCAAACCGUUCCUUUCACGGAACGACUCAUCAGAUCCUGGCUGUGUCUCAUUUACCGGAGGCAGUAAAGAGUGGCUACAGGCAAACCUCGGCAACUUCUCUGGCUUCGCAACCCUGCAGGAUUUGCAAGCCCUCAACCCCAACUUCUCCAUUGCCGAAACGUUGUCAGUGCUCACUCCGACUCAGGUGGCACAGUUGACACUGAGCUCGGGGGCCUCGAAUGACACAGCCCAGAUCGACCUUGUGUUUGAGCGCCUUGAGGAGGGCAAUGCUCUGGAAAAUGUGGAUGAAUUCCUGACAGAACUGACAGCAAAUGGAAAGGUCCCUGAUUUCCAACCUGUUGUGAGAGAUCGCAUAAUGAAUAGGACCUUCGUCAUCAUCAGUCCCUAUUUCACGAACUUCGAGGAAGGCGACUGGUUCAAUUGGUUCCACCUGAAACUGGUUGCCGUCCUCCCAAGUUUCACUCCAACGAUGCUCAACAGUGCAACAUCAGACAUAACCUGCACAAAUUACCACGUCGUUGUGAGAGGGAUGGCCAGAGCUUUCCCUGCAAUACCGGUGCAUAGACGACAAGGAAUCACAUACGUUCUCCUGGGCUACCUGAGGAAAUCUGCCAGUGUCAUCACCGGGCCAGAUUGCCGGCAGGGAAUUGAGAGUGAUGCCGAGUGGCUUGAAGCAAACUUUGGUCCAUUUUCCGAGUACACAACCUACUCUGACCUCAAAGUCUUCAACCUCUCUGUGGUGGCACUUGUGGAAUCCCUCUCAGCAAAGCAGAAGGCUGAGUUGAUCCUAGAUCCAGACAGCGGCGCUUUGGAGGACGAGGCCAUCGUAAGGAAGGUGUUCAGGAGCUUGACAGAGUCCCCUGAUAACGAGCUGCUCAAUCAGUUUUUCCAGGCUUUUACAAACAUCAGCAAGCAGAGAAACAUCACCAUCAUAAGAAAUCCAGAGGUACGAGACACCAUCCUGAAUCUGACCUUGACGGCCCUUGCUCCGGAAUUUGAAGUCUUUGAGCCUGAAGACUUUGAGCGGUGGUUCCAGGUCAAUUUGGCUCCUGUGAUGGCGAGCCUUCGUCCUGGCAUUUUGGCGGUGAUCCCCCGUGACAUCAGCUGUGCAUCCUACGCAGCUAUACUGACUGGACUUCGGCAAAGUGUGAAAUCCCUACCACUGUACAUUUCACAGGGCGUGACAUCAAGCAUUGAGGCACUCCAGGAGACAUUCAAACGUUGCUCGGCUCCAGAUUCCUUCCCGUGCAAGGAGACCCCGGUCAAUGAGGACCUGAUCUGUGCUGGAGUGGAGAGCUGGCAACUUGAACAAAGCCAGGCAACCGGCAAUUCCUCUGAAGCCCUGUGCAAUUUCACCAUCACUGAGCAUGCCUGUUCCUCGGCUACGCAUCUGACAUCCAGCAACUUGGUCGCACUGAUGAACUGCUCACUGGAAAGACAAAGUACAUACCCCGUAGAGGUCUGGAAGCUUUUCUUCCAAAAGGCUUCAACUGCACUCGACCAGGCUCUUGCGUCAUUCGCCACCACGGCCCCCAGCAGCAGCAACUCAUCCUUAUCACAUGCUCUUGAGGCUCUUGGAGAGGUGAGAAUUGCCAACUUCAGCCAGGCACAACUGCAGAGUGAUGACUUCGUCAGCAGCUGGUUCAAGACAAACCUUCGUCCGUUUUUGGCCUCUCCAUCCACCAACUUCCUACUCUGCCUCAGCUCCAAGGACUUCAGCUGCCAAACGUACCACACUGUCAUCCAGGCAUUCGGCAGCCAAAGGGCAUCAAUGGACAGAGAAGGACAGCGAGCAGUCUUCACUCAUUUCAUCAAACCGUUCCUUUCACGGAACGACUCAUCAGAUCCUGGCUGUGUCUCAUUUACCGGAGGCAGUAAAGAGUGGCUACAGGCAAACCUCGGCAACUUCUCUGGCUUCGCAACCCUGCAGGAUUUGCAAGCCCUCAACCCCAACUUCUCCAUUGCCGAAACGUUGUCAGUGCUCACUCCGACUCAGGUGGCACAGUUGACACUGAGCUCGGGGGCCUCGAAUGACACAGCCCAGAUCGACCUUGUGUUUGAGCGCCUUGAGGAGGGCAAUGCUCUGGAAAAUGUGGAUGAAUUCCUGACAGAACUGACAGCAAAUGGAAAGGUCCCUGAUUUCCAACCUGUUGUGAGAGAUCGCAUAAUGAAUAGGACCUUCGUCAUCAUCAGUCCCUAUUUCACGAACUUCGAGGAAGGCGACUGGUUCAAUUGGUUCCACCUGAAACUGGUUGCCGUCCUCCCAAGUUUCACUCCAACGAUGCUCAACAGUGCAACAUCAGACAUAACCUGCACAAAUUACCACGUCGUUGUGAGAGGGAUGGCCAGAGCUUUCCCUGCAAUACCGGUGCAUAGACGACAAGGAAUCACAUACGUUCUCCUGGGCUACCUGAGGAAAUCUGCCAGUGUCAUCACCGGGCCAGAUUGCCGGCAGGGAAUUGAGAGUGAUGCCGAGUGGCUUGAAGCAAACUUUGGUCCAUUUUCCGAGUACACAACCUACUCUGACCUCAAAGUCUUCAACCUCUCUGUGGUGGCACUUGUGGAAUCCCUCUCAGCAAAGCAGAAGGCUGAGUUGAUCCUAGAUCCAGACAGCGGCGCUUUGGAGGACGAGGCCAUCGUAAGGAAGGUGUUCAGGAGCUUGACAGAGUCCCCUGAUAACGAGCUGCUCAAUCAGUUUUUCCAGGCUUUUACAAACAUCAGCAAGCAGAGAAACAUCACCAUCAUAAGAAAUCCAGAGGUACGAGACACCAUCCUGAAUCUGACCUUGACGGCCCUUGCUCCGGAAUUUGAAGUCUUUGAGCCUGAAGACUUUGAGCGGUGGUUCCAGGUCAAUUUGGCUCCUGUGAUGGCGAGCCUUCGUCCUGGCAUUUUGGCGGUGAUCCCCCGUGACAUCAGCUGUGCAUCCUACGCAGCUAUACUGACUGGACUUCGGCAAAGUGUGAAAUCCCUGCCACUGCACAUUUCACAGGGCCUGACAUCAAGCAUUGAGGCACUCCAGGAGACAUUCAAACGUUGCUCGGCUCCAGAUUCCUUCCCGUGCAAGGAGACCCCGGUCAAUGAGGACCUGAUCUGUGCUGGAGUGGAGAGCUGGCAACUUGAACAAAGCCAGGCAACCGGCAAUUCCUCUGAAGCCCUGUGCAAUUUCACCAUCACUGAGCAUGCCUGUUCCUCGGCUACGCAUCUGACAUCCAGCAACUUGGUCGCACUGAUGAACUGCUCACUGGAAAGACAAAGUACAUACCCCGUAGAGGUCUGGAAGCUUUUCUUCCAAAAGGCUUCUACUGCACUCGACCAGGCUCUUGCGUCAUUCGCCACCACGGCCCCCAGCAGCAGCAACUCAUCCUUAUCACAUGCUCUUGAGGCUCUUGGAGAGGUGAGAAUUGCCAACUUCAGCCAGGCACAACUGCAGAGUGAUGACUUCGUCAGCAGCUGGUUCAAGACAAACCUUCGUCCGUUUUUGGCCUCUCCAUCCACCAACUUCCUACUCUGCCUCAGCUCCAAGGACUUCAGCUGCCAAACGUACCACACUGUCAUCCAGGCAUUCGGCAGCCAAAGGGCAUCAAUGGACAGAGAAGGACAGCGAGCAGUCUUCACUCAUUUCAUCAAACCGUUCCUUUCACGGAACGACUCAUCAGAUCCUGGCUGUGUCUCAUUUACCGGAGGCAGUAAAGAGUGGCUACAGGCAAACCUCGGCAACUUCUCUGGCUUCGCAACCCUGCAGGAUUUGCAAGCCCUCAACCCCAACUUCUCCAUUGCCGAAACGUUGUCAGUGCUCACUCCGACUCAGGUGGCACAGUUGACACUGAGCUCGGGGGCCUCGAAUGACACAGCCCAGAUCGACCUUGUGUUUGAGCGCCUUGAGGAGGGCAAUGCUCUGGAAAAUGUGGAUGAAUUCCUGACAGAACUGACAGCAAAUGGAAAGGUCCCUGAUUUCCAACCUGUUGUGAGAGAUCGCAUAAUGAAUAGGACCUUCGUCAUCAUCAGUCCCUAUUUCACGAACUUCGAGGAAGGCGACUGGUUCAAUUGGUUCCACCUGAAACUGGUUGCCGUCCUCCCAAGUUUCACUCCAACGAUGCUCAACAGUGCAACAUCAGACAUAACCUGCACAAAUUACCACGUCGUUGUGAGAGGGAUGGCCAGAGCUUUCCCUGCAAUACCGGUGCAUAGACGACAAGGAAUCACAUACGUUCUCCUGGGCUACCUGAGGAAAUCUGCCAGUGUCAUCACCGGGCCAGAUUGCCGGCAGGGAAUUGAGAGUGACGCCGAGUGGCUUGAAGCAAACUUUGGUCCAUUUUCCGAGUACACAACCUACUCUGACCUCAAAGUCUUCAACCUCUCUGUGGUGGCACUUGUGGAAUCCCUCUCAGCAAAGCAGAAGGCUGAGUUGAUCCUAGAUCCAGACAGCGGCGCUUUGGAGGACGAGGCCAUCGUAAGGAAGGUGUUCAGGAGCUUGACAGAGUCCCCUGAUAACGAGCUGCUCAAUCAGUUUUUCCAGGCUUUUACAAACAUCAGCAAGCAGAGAAACAUCACCAUCAUAAGAAAUCCAGAGGUACGAGACACCAUCCUGAAUCUGACCUUGACGGCCCUUGCUCCGGAAUUUGAAGUCUUUGAGCCUGAAGACUUUGAGCGGUGGUUCCAGGUCAAUUUGGCUCCUGUGAUGGCGAGCCUUCGUCCUGGCAUUUUGGCGGUGAUCCCCCGUGACAUCAGCUGUGCAUCCUACGCAGCUAUACUGACUGGACUUCGGCAAAGUGUGAAAUCCCUGCCACUGCACAUUUCACAGGGCCUGACAUCAAGCAUUGAGGCACUCCAGGAGACAUUCAAACGUUGCUCGGCUCCAGAUUCCUUCCCGUGCAAGGAGACCCCGGUCAAUGAGGACCUGAUCUGUGCUGGAGUGGAGAGCUGGCAACUUGAACAAAGCCAGGCAACCGGCAAUUCCUCUGAAGCCCUGUGCAAUUUCACCAUCACUGAGCAUGCCUGUUCCUCGGCUACGCAUCUGACAUCCAGCAACUUGGUCGCACUGAUGAACUGCUCACUGGAAAGACAAAGUACAUACCCCGUAGAGGUCUGGAAGCUUUUCUUCCAAAAGGCUUCUACUGCACUCGACCAGGCUCUUGCGUCAUUCGCCACCACGGCCCCCAGCAGCAGCAACUCAUCCUUAUCACAUGCUCUUGAGGCUCUUGGAGAGGUGAGAAUUGCCAACUUCAGCCAGGCACAACUGCAGAGUGAUGACUUCGUCAGCAGCUGGUUCAAGACAAACCUUCGUCCGUUUUUGGCCUCUCCAUCCACCAACUUCCUACUCUGCCUCAGCUCCAAGGACUUCAGCUGCCAAACGUACCACACUGUCAUCCAGGCAUUCGGCAGCCAAAGGGCAUCAAUGGACAGAGAAGGACAGCGAGCAGUCUUCACUCAUUUCAUCAAACCGUUCCUUUCACGGAACGACUCAUCAGAUCCUGGCUGUGUCUCAUUUACCGGAGGCAGUAAAGAGUGGCUACAGGCAAACCUCGGCAACUUCUCUGGCUUCGCAACCCUGCAGGAUUUGCAAGCCCUCAACCCCAACUUCUCCAUUGCCGAAACGUUGUCAGUGCUCACUCCGACUCAGGUGGCACAGUUGACACUGAGCUCGGGGGCCUCGAAUGACACAGCCCAGAUCGACCUUGUGUUUGAGCGCCUUGAGGAGGGCAAUGCUCUGGAAAAUGUGGAUGAAUUCCUGACAGAACUGACAGCAAAUGGAAAGGUCCCUGAUUUCCAACCUGUUGUGAGAGAUCGCAUAAUGAAUAGGACCUUCGUCAUCAUCAGUCCCUAUUUCACGAACUUCGAGGAAGGCGACUGGUUCAAUUGGUUCCACCUGAAACUGGUUGCCGUCCUCCCAAGUUUCACUCCAACGAUGCUCAACAGUGCAACAUCAGACAUAACCUGCACAAAUUACCACGUCGUUGUGAGAGGGAUGGCCAGAGCUUUCCCUGCAAUACCGGUGCAUAGACGACAAGGAAUCACAUACGUUCUCCUGGGCUACCUGAGGAAAUCUGCCAGUGUCAUCACCGGGCCAGAUUGCCGGCAGGGAAUUGAGAGUGACGCCGAGUGGCUUGAAGCAAACUUUGGUCCAUUUUCCGAGUACACAACCUACUCUGACCUCAAAGUCUUCAACCUCUCUGUGGUGGCACUUGUGGAAUCCCUCUCAGCAAAGCAGAAGGCUGAGUUGAUCCUAGAUCCAGACAGCGGCGCUUUGGAGGACGAGGCCAUCGUAAGGAAGGUGUUCAGGAGCUUGACAGAGUCCCCUGAUAACGAGCUGCUCAAUCAGUUUUUCCAGGCUUUUACAAACAUCAGCAAGCAGAGAAACAUCACCAUCAUAAGAAAUCCAGAGGUACGAGACACCAUCCUGAAUCUGACCUUGACGGCCCUUGCUCCGGAAUUUGAAGUCUUUGAGCCUGAAGACUUUGAGCGGUGGUUCCAGGUCAAUUUGGCUCCUGUGAUGGCGAGCCUUCGUCCUGGCAUUUUGGCGGUGAUCCCCCGUGACAUCAGCUGUGCAUCCUACGCAGCUAUACUGACUGGACUUCGGCAAAGUGUGAAAUCCCUGCCACUGCACAUUUCACAGGGCCUGACAUCAAGCAUUGAGGCACUCCAGGAGACAUUCAAACGUUGCUCGGCUCCAGAUUCCUUCCCGUGCAAGGAGACCCCGGUCAAUGAGGACCUGAUCUGUGCUGGAGUGGAGAGCUGGCAACUUGAACAAAGCCAGGCAAUCGGCAAUUCCUCUGAAGCCCUGUGCAAUUUCACCAUCACUGAGCAUGCCUGUUCCUCGGCUACGCAUCUGACAUCCAGCAACUUGGUCGCACUGAUGAACUGCUCACUGGAAAGACAAAGUACAUACCCCGUAGAGGUCUGGAAGCUUUUCUUCCAAAAGGCUUCUACUGCACUCGACCAGGCUCUUGCGUCAUUCGCCACCACGGCCCCCAGCAGCAGCAACUCAUCCUUAUCACAUGCUCUUGAGGCUCUUGGAGAGGUGAGAAUUGCCAACUUCAGCCAGGCACAACUGCAGAGUGAUGACUUCGUCAGCAGCUGGUUCAAGACAAACCUUCGUCCGUUUUUGGCCUCUCCAUCCACCAACUUCCUACUCUGCCUCAGCUCCAAGGACUUCAGCUGCCAAACGUACCACACUGUCAUCCAGGCAUUCGGCAGCCAAAGGGCAUCAAUGGACAGAGAAGGACAGCGAGCAGUCUUCACUCAUUUCAUCAAACCGUUCCUUUCACGGAACGACUCAUCAGAUCCUGGCUGUGUCUCAUUUACCGGAGGCAGUAAAGAGUGGCUACAGGCAAACCUCGGCAACUUCUCUGGCUUCGCAACCCUGCAGGAUUUGCAAGCCCUCAACCCCAACUUCUCCAUUGCCGAAACGUUGUCAGUGCUCACUCCGACUCAGGUGGCACAGUUGACACUGAGCUCGGGGGCCUCGAAUGACACAGCCCAGAUCGACCUUGUGUUUGAGCGCCUUGAGGAGGGCAAUGCUCUGGAAAAUGUGGAUGAAUUCCUGACAGAACUGACAGCAAAUGGAAAGGUCCCUGAUUUCCAACCUGUUGUGAGAGAUCGCAUAAUGAAUAGGACCUUCGUCAUCAUCAGUCCCUAUUUCACGAACUUCGAGGAAGGCGACUGGUUCAAUUGGUUCCACCUGAAACUGGUUGCCGUCCUCCCAAGUUUCACUCCAACGAUGCUCAACAGUGCAACAUCAGACAUAACCUGCACAAAUUACCACGUCGUUGUGAGAGGGAUGGCCAGAGCUUUCCCUGCAAUACCGGUGCAUAGACGACAAGGAAUCACAUACGUUCUCCUGGGCUACCUGAGGAAAUCUGCCAGUGUCAUCACCGGGCCAGAUUGCCGGCAGGGAAUUGAGAGUGAUGCCGAGUGGCUUGAAGCAAACUUUGGUCCAUUUUCCGAGUACACAACCUACUCUGACCUCAAAGUCUUCAACCUCUCUGUGGUGGCACUUGUGGAAUCCCUCUCAGCAAAGCAGAAGGCUGAGUUGAUCCUAGAUCCAGAAAGCGGCGCUUUGGAGGACGAGGCCAUCGUAAGGAAGGUGUUCAGGAGCUUGACAGAGUCCCCUGAUAACGAGCUGCUCAAUCAGUUUUUCCAGGCUUUUACAAACAUCAGCAAGCAGAGAAACAUCACCAUCAUAAGAAAUCCAGAGGUACGAGACACCAUCCUGAAUCUGACCUUGACGGCCCUUGCUCCGGAAUUUGAAGUCUUUGAGCCUGAAGACUUUGAGCGGUGGUUCCAGGUCAAUUUGGCUCCUGUGAUGGCGAGCCUUCGUCCUGGCAUUUUGGCGGUGAUCCCCCGUGACAUCAGCUGUGCAUCCUACGCAGCUAUACUGACUGGACUUCGGCAAAGUGUGAAAUCCCUGCCACUGCACAUUUCACAGGGCGUGACAUCAAGCAUUGAGGCACUCCAGGAGACAUUCAAACGUUGCUCGGCUCCAGAUUCCUUCCCGUGCAAGGAGACCCCGGUCAAUGAGGACCUGAUCUGUGCUGGAGUGGAGAGCUGGCAACUUGAACAAAGCCAGGCAAUCGGCAAUUCCUCUGAAGCCCUGUGCAAUUUCACCAUCACUGAGCAUGCCUGUUCCUCGGCUACGCAUCUGACAUCCAGCAACUUGGUCGCACUGAUGAACUGCUCACUGGAAAGACAAAGUACAUACCCCGUAGAGGUCUGGAAGCUUUUCUUCCAAAAGGCUUCUACUGCACUCGACCAGGCUCUUGCGUCAUUCGCCACCACGGCCCCCAGCAGCAGCAACUCAUCCUUAUCACAUGCUCUUGAGGCUCUUGGAGAGGUGAGAAUUGCCAACUUCAGCCAGGCACAACUGCAGAGUGAUGACUUCGUCAGCAGCUGGUUCAAGACAAACCUUCGUCCGUUUUUGGCCUCUCCAUCCACCAACUUCCUACUCUGCCUCAGCUCCAAGGACUUCAGCUGCCAAACGUACCACACUGUCAUCCAGGCAUUCGGCAGCCAAAGGGCAUCAAUGGACAGAGAAGGACAGCGAGCAGUCUUCACUCAUUUCAUCAAACCGUUCCUUUCACGGAACGACUCAUCAGAUCCUGGCUGUGUCUCAUUUACCGGAGGCAGUAAAGAGUGGCUACAGGCAAACCUCGGCAACUUCUCUGGCUUCGCAACCCUGCAGGAUUUGCAAGCCCUCAACCCCAACUUCUCCAUUGCCGAAACGUUGUCAGUGCUCACUCCGACUCAGGUGGCACAGUUGACACUGAGCUCGGGGGCCUCGAAUGACACAGCCCAGAUCGACCUUGUGUUUGAGCGCCUUGAGGAGGGCAAUGCUCUGGAAAAUGUGGAUGAAUUCCUGACAGAACUGACAGCAAAUGGAAAGGUCCCUGAUUUCCAACCUGUUGUGAGAGAUCGCAUAAUGAAUAGGACCUUCGUCAUCAUCAGUCCCUAUUUCACGAACUUCGAGGAAGGCGACUGGUUCAAUUGGUUCCACCUGAAACUGGUUGCCGUCCUCCCAAGUUUCACUCCAACGAUGCUCAACAGUGCAACAUCAGACAUAACCUGCACAAAUUACCACGUCGUUGUGAGAGGGAUGGCCAGAGCUUUCCCUGCAAUACCGGUGCAUAGACGACAAGGAAUCACAUACGUUCUCCUGGGCUACCUGAGGAAAUCUGCCAGUGUCAUCACCGGGCCAGAUUGCCGGCAGGGAAUUGAGAGUGAUGCCGAGUGGCUUGAAGCAAACUUUGGUCCAUUUUCCGAGUACACAACCUACUCUGACCUCAAAGUCUUCAACCUCUCUGUGGUGGCACUUGUGGAAUCCCUCUCAGCAAAGCAGAAGGCUGAGUUGAUCCUAGAUCCAGACAGCGGCGCUUUGGAGGACGAGGCCAUCGUAAGGAAGGUGUUCAGGAGCUUGACAGAGUCCCCUGAUAACGAGCUGCUCAAUCAGUUUUUCCAGGCUUUUACAAACAUCAGCAAGCAGAGAAACAUCACCAUCAUAAGAAAUCCAGAGGUACGAGACACCAUCCUGAAUCUGACCUUGACGGCCCUUGCUCCGGAAUUUGAAGUCUUUGAGCCUGAAGACUUUGAGCGGUGGUUCCAGGUCAAUUUGGCUCCUGUGAUGGCGAGCCUUCGUCCUGGCAUUUUGGCGGUGAUCCCCCGUGACAUCAGCUGUGCAUCCUACGCAGCUAUACUGACUGGACUUCGGCAAAGUGUGAAAUCCCUGCCACUGCACAUUUCACAGGGCCUGACAUCAAGCAUUGAGGCACUCCAGGAGACAUUCAAACGUUGCUCGGCUCCAGAUUCCUUCCCGUGCAAGGAGACCCCGGUCAAUGAGGACCUGAUCUGUGCUGGAGUGGAGAGCUGGCAACUUGAACAAAGCCAGGCAAUCGGCAAUUCCUCUGAAGCCCUGUGCAAUUUCACCAUCACUGAGCAUGCCUGUUCCUCGGCUACGCAUCUGACAUCCAGCAACUUGGUCGCACUGAUGAACUGCUCACUGGAAAGACAAAGUACAUACCCCGUAGAGGUCUGGAAGCUUUUCUUCCAAAAGGCUUCUACUGCACUCGACCAGGCUCUUGCGUCAUUCGCCACCACGGCCCCCAGCAGCAGCAACUCAUCCUUAUCACAUGCUCUUGAGGCUCUUGGAGAGGUGAGAAUUGCCAACUUCAGCCAGGCACAACUGCAGAGUGAUGACUUCGUCAGCAGCUGGUUCAAGACAAACCUUCGUCCGUUUUUGGCCUCUCCAUCCACCAACUUCCUACUCUGCCUCAGCUCCAAGGACUUCAGCUGCCAAACGUACCACACUGUCAUCCAGGCAUUCGGCAGCCAAAGGGCAUCAAUGGACAGAGAAGGACAGCGAGCAGUCUUCACUCAUUUCAUCAAACCGUUCCUUUCACGGAACGACUCAUCAGAUCCUGGCUGUGUCUCAUUUACCGGAGGCAGUAAAGAGUGGCUACAGGCAAACCUCGGCAACUUCUCUGGCUUCGCAACCCUGCAGGAUUUGCAAGCCCUCAACCCCAACUUCUCCAUUGCCGAAACGUUGUCAGUGCUCACUCCGACUCAGGUGGCACAGUUGACACUGAGCUCGGGGGCCUCGAAUGACACAGCCCAGAUCGACCUUGUGUUUGAGCGCCUUGAGGAGGGCAAUGCUCUGGAAAAUGUGGAUGAAUUCCUGACAGAACUGACAGCAAAUGGAAAGGUCCCUGAUUUCCAACCUGUUGUGAGAGAUCGCAUAAUGAAUAGGACCUUCGUCAUCAUCAGUCCCUAUUUCACGAACUUCGAGGAAGGCGACUGGUUCAAUUGGUUCCACCUGAAACUGGUUGUCGUCCUCCCAAGUUUCACUCCAACGAUGCUCAACAGUGCAACAUCAGACAUAACCUGCACAAAUUACCACGUCGUUGUGAGAGGGAUGGCCAGAGCUUUCCCUGCAAUACCGGAGCAUAGACGACAAGGAAUCACAUAUGUUCUCCUGGGCUACCUGAGGAAAUCUGCCAGUGUCAUCACCGGGCCAGAUUGCAGGCAGGGAAUUGAGAGUGAUGCCAAGUGGCUUGAAGCAAACUUUGGUCCAUUUUCCGAGUACACAACCUACUCUGACCUCAAAGCCUUCAACCUUUCUGCGGUGGCAGUACUAGACUCUCUUUCUUCAAGACAACAAGCUGAGUUUCUCCUUGAGCCAAACAACCUGUCAAAUGAAACCCUUGUGAGACUUGUGUUCACAGAACAUAUUGUGUCAUCAAGUGUGGAAGACCUUGGCUCUUUCUUUGAUAAAUUUGUCAGUGGUGCUGCAGAGCAAAAUUUGACAACCAUUGACCCAAGAGUGCGAGACACCAUCCUAAAUCUGACACUAAUGGCACUCGGCCCAAAACUAUACAUGCUAGAUGCUGAGGGAUUCAAGUUGUGGUUCCAGGACUACCUACCUUUGUUCCUACCAAGCAUUAACUCACACACAUUUGAAAUUAUUCCAAGAAAUAUCACUUGUGACUCCUAUCAAGAAAUUGUCGAGGGAUGUGACAAUGUUUUCCCUCAUCUCUCCAAGAGGCAAACUGAACAGGUUUUCACAUUCACAAGAGAUUAUCUAAGGGGGCAUUCCUCCUCAGGUUUCUCCUGUGUUGAAUCUGUAAAUGAUGACAGACGUUGGCUGGAAGACAACUUUGGCCGGUUCCGUGUGCAAGCUUCCUUCAUAGAUUUUGUGACAUUAAAGAACAAUUUCAAUGGAGUGGAGGUUGCAGAUCUUCUUACUCCAAUUCAGCUGGCUCAGCUCGCAGCAACCCCUUCACUGCUAAAGGGGAUGGAAGAUGUGACAAAAAUCAUGACAGUCAUCGACCCUGUUGACUAUGGUUCAUUCUUUGACAUAGUUUCACCGGCUAUUGAGAUCCACCCAGCCAACUACACAGAGGAGGUGAAAUCUGGUUUCCUGCAGGCAGUAUUUGAUAGAGGUGACCUGUCCUCUCCGGCUAUCAGUGACACAGAGUUCCUGCAGUGGCUCAGGGCUCGACUGCGCCCCCUCCUGAUCAACCUCUCUCCCAACCUGGUGACACCUUUAUUUGACAUUGGGAACAACAGGAGUUGUAACAGCAGCCAAGAGAUGAUUGCAUUGCUUGACACACUACACUUGACGCUAAGCAACAACACCAAAGGGGAGAUCUACAAAAGCAUCCUCCUCCUCCUCCAAGGUCUAAAGCCCCUCAAGUGUUACAGUGGUGGAAGCUUCUACAGCUAUCUGAGAAACACUUUCCUCAGCUUUGGCUUUCCAGAUUUGUCCAUGUUCACAUCUCUUCUGCCACAGACACGCGAGCCAGAGCUCCUAAGUACCAUCACUACCUCAGAGCUACAUCACUUCCUCAGUCAACCCAAUGUAAUUGGUAAUGACUCUGACAUCUGUGUGAUCUUCAACAACUACAACAACACUCCUGCCUUCCUAGAAACUGAGGAUGUUCCAGAUAAUGUGAAGAUGGUGAUCCUCCCCUGUGUUUGGCCUUUGGCGCUGAGCAGCAACAGCAGAUCUGAGGUUGAUUCUUGGUUUCACCUACGAUUGAGGAACUAUCUUAGAUUCCUCAGCAAGAGCCUCAUCAGCUCCACUGAAGUGCAGAAUGCUUCAUGUCUUGCCUUCCAGAAACUGGUCUCUUUAAUGGGAAACAACUUCAUAUACACGAGCUCUGACUUUGGACAGGGUGAUGUCUACACCACCAUCAGGACUUACUUGAGAGUUGGCUCUGGAGCCAGAUGCUACAAUGCCAGUGAUGCAGAAUUAAACUCUACUGCCUGGUUUGCCAAUUACAUCGGCAGCUUUGUGACAUUUAUCACUCUGGAUGAUCUUACCACCUUCGUGUCCACUAGUCAGAUUCAAGUGUUCCUAGAGGACCAAGCCAACCUUGAGCUCUUUAACAACACAGCGAUCCCAGAAAAUGUAACCAACUACUACAUCUCACAGCUUUUUACAUUCAACCCAACCUUCAACCCUCUGAAGCUUCCAGGCUUUUUCCUGUGCUCCUCUGAAAUCCCGAGUUUAGCAUAUUCUUCAGUGAAUGAAGCUGAUACCAUACGCAUCUUGAACGAAAUGAGGAAAUUCUGCAAUGGAACAGAGGACCCUGAGGUAUCUGCUGCUCUGGCAUCCAACAUUCAGACCGUCACGGCACAGACAUUUGAGACCCUGGGCAGUGCCAGCGCAGGCCUGACCAACAGCCAGAUCUCUUCAGUUUCCCCAUCAGUGCUGAUUUCCUCUUUGCCCACCCUGAGCUCAGUCAGCACCUGGAGCCAGGGGCAAGCCACCACAAUUGUCCAAACCAUCAUUUCCUCAGGCUUCAAGAUCAACAGUGGAUCCUCCCUGGAAUCCCUUGGCACCCUUGUUGCUGGAAUUCCUUCAGAGUCAAUAGAAAGCACCCAAGCGUCUGAGCUACUCAGUAUCUCCCAGAGUGCCACCUUUGUUUCCAACAUGCUGGUAGCCCCAACAGUUGUCCAAGAGACCUACAUCCAAAAGAUAAUCUCUGUGGAUCGAAGUCCAGCCGGUGUGCUGGUGAAUGUCCCUGAUGCUAUGGCAACUCAUAUCCCACCGUCACUGCUGGUAUUUUCUGAGGAGACUGUGGACAUCCGUGCGAUCAACAGGAAGAAAUGGACACGAGAUCAGGCUGCCAUGUUCUUUGGGGUGCUGGGUAAUACAAACUUUGACAUCGAGCAGCUUUCUCCUUCUGUGCUGCAAGGCUUCACGUGCACGUCAGUACAGAGGAUGACAACAACCAGGAUCAAAGGGCUGGUCUAUGCUAGCAGGCCGAGGAGAGGCAGAGCCAAGGUGGAGCUAAAGCAAUCACAGCUGACCUGCAUGUACAAUCUGCUGAAUGGAGACUUCUCCCAGAGCUUCACAGAUUAUCCCGCAGACAUGCUUCUCUACUUCAACAACAAAGAUGUCGAGAGAGCCAACUGCAGGUCCUACUUUUCUGCAGUGGGUGCCGCAGACUUCUCUCUGGUCUCUAGCAUUUUGAACAAGGACUCAGUGCUACUCAGUGAAGCCAGAGACUGCUUGGGUAUAAGCAAUAUGAGUCUAAGCAGAGACCACAUAGAGGUGCUGGGGAACAUGGCCUGCACUCUGGACAGUUCUUACAUCCAGAACUCUGAUCCUCUUAUCUUGGAAAAGCUCAAAGCCUGCAAGGGCUUCUCUGACAGCCAGGUGGCUGCCAUGGAGACACUGCUGCUGUCUGGGAAAACACGUUACGGAGAUGCCUCCACUUGGAACAAGCAAACACUGGAAAACCUGGGGAUCCUUCCUCUGUAUUUCACAAGAAAUAUCUGGGGCCAGUUCAAAACUUCAACAAAGAGAAGGUUCCUCAAGACCUUCAUGCCCAAGCUGAGGAAAAAAAAGACAGAGAAGAGGAAGCUCAAGAUGCUGUUUAAACAGAUCAGCGGUCUCAAGAUAAAACGAGGAGCAGGCUGCACAGUGGGGAACAUCACCCAGGUGACAGUUAACGACGCCUCCUUCCCCUUUGGCUAUGACCAGACGCAAUUUGACCUCUGCCUGGAUAUCCCUGUUCUGAAGGACAACCUCAACUUGAUCUGUGAGAAAGUGGAUGACGAUGACUUCCAGGAAGUCAUUCUGAAGAAACUCAACCAGGCAUUCCCAUCGGGUGUUUCUGAUACAGAGGUUCAGGUGCUUGGUUCAGUGUCCCGUGUGGCGUCACUUGACGACAUCUCCAAGUGGAACAUCACCACAAUUGACACCCUGGCAGCCCUCAUGAAAGCUGAGGAUGGAUCAUGGGAAACAGCAAAGAGCAAAGCAAUCAUCACCAAGUAUCUGAAUACCUCUGGGAAAUCCCUGGGCAGCAAUGAGCUGAACAGCAUUGACUCCAACCUGUGCUCAUUAGACACCAGUACAAUAAAGACCAUCACCCCAGAUAGUAUCAGAAAUGCCAACCCUCUGAAUGUGGUGUCAUGUUCACUUGAGCAGAAGAGAGUCCUGUAUGAGAUCAGUAACACUUCCUUCAGCUCACAGCGUGCCAGUCCCAGCUCCUUUUACAACUUAGUUAAGCCCUAUAUUGGUGGAGCACCUCUGUCAGAUGUAGUAGCGCUGUCAAGCCAGAACAUCAACAUGGACGUAGAUGCUUUCAGGAGUCUGGAUCCUAACGUGAUUGCUGGUUUGUCCGUGACCAAUGUGCAAGGCCUCAUGGGUAAUCAGCUACAAGAUCUGAAGCUGUUUGAGAACAAUACCGUGAUUCAGACCUGGGUGAACAUGCAGCUGCAGUCAGACCUAGACAGACUUGGUGUGGGCCUAACCACCAAUAGAACCAACCCGACCACUGCACCACCCAGCUCCAGCAACAGCACAAAGGCUGUUGCAUCAACUGCAAGCAGCACCAAUGUGACAGCAACACAGGGAAACACAGGUAGCUCAAGUACAACCCUGACCACUACAGCACCUACAUCACAACCACAAGUUAAUGGUACAAGUGGAGGGGCAGAGCUUUCAAAACAUCCAAUAUCCAUAAUCCUGGCUGCACUUCUGACAACGGUUCUGCAAAUACUACAACAACCAGUCUGAAUACAUUUAUGACUUCAGCAUCCAAAUUAAUUAUCAAUAAUUAUUCAAUGAAGUUAUAAGUAAUUUGCACAUCUUGGGAGUGAGAUUCAUUAAUAUUAUGCUUAAAGAAAAUUGAUUCACUGCAACUUCUUAAUUUCUGCUUCACUGUCUUUUUAUGUUGUAAAACUAUGUUACUGAAUAAUCACAGAAAUCAAAAGAAUAUGUUUUUACUCUACAUUUACUUUUUGAAAUUAAGUACUGGAAAUAAUAAUAUCUACAUUAAAUCAUUAUUAAAAUCUAAAGAAUGAGUAUAUGAAAAAUAAAUCCCUCAAAUUUACUGUAUUAUCAAUUAUUAUAAUUUACACUGUAUUGCUAUUCCUUAAAUU